CCAAUUAGCAUAUGCUAUUCAAAUAGAUCCUAACAAAUGUAUGGAUCAGAUCCUUUAUUUGGAUUUGAAUUUACCAGAUCUUAUAUUUUAUGAAUUUGGAUCUGAUUUGACUAUCAGAUCUGGAUUGGAUCUGGACUCAGAUCAGAUCUGCAGAAUACUAGCUUUUAUUAAUA